UCAUGUAUACUUUUAAGUGUAAAAUGUUUGAGCACUGUCAGGUGUGUUUCACUAUUAUUGGCAAGACAUAGAUAGAGUGUAAUUUAUAUCUUUAGGCUGCUUGGAAAAUUUAUGUUGUGAAUUAGCAAAAUGAUGAUGGAUUAUUUUGUUACAAAUAAUUCUUUGGCACCUGCGCCAAUGGGAAUUCAGAGUACUGCUGGUGCCGUACCUGUAAAAAAUGAUAAAGGUGAACUUUCUAUGAAAAAAGUAAAGGUACAUCGUUAUGUCUCCGGUAAACGACCUGAUUAUGCGCCAGCUGCUAGCUCAGAAGAAGAGUCCGAAGAAGAAGAUUUCUUAGAAAGGCGUGUACAUAAAAGUUAUGAGGAAAAUGAGAUUUCUAUAGAUACCCCUACACAUUCGCAAGUGAAAAUAUGUGAUGAAGAUGAUCCACGUAUAAGAAGAUUGACACGUUUAGAAAAGCAGAAGGAAUCUAAUACAGAAAUUCGCGCAGAGAGACAUAGACACAUACAUGAACCAGAACUAAUCGAAGUUGAGCCUGAAAGAACUCGGGAAAGGAUAAAGUUAGAAAGUUCAGAUUCGUCAGAAGAUGAAGAAUUAUCAGAUUCUGAAAUUGAGAGAAGACGAGAAGCAUUAAAACAACGGGUUUUAUCAAAAAAAGAAAAUGAAGAAGAAUUAAUUCAUGGAGAAGAAGAUGAGAGGUCAGGUGAUACCUCAGAGGAAAGUUCCGAAUAUGAAGAAUAUACAGAUUCAGAGGAAGAAACUGGACCAAGAUUGAAGCCAGUUUUUGUACGUAAGAAAGAUAGAAUUACAGUAAUGGAAAAAGAAAAAGAAGCAAUGAAACAAAAACAAGCGGAAAUUGAAGCUAAAAAAUUAGCAGAAGAACGGAAACGACAAACAUUACGGAUGGUAGAAGAAGCAAUAAGAAAAGAAGCACAAAUAGGUAAAACCACCAGCGAGCAUGAAGGAAAACUUGAAGAUGUUUGUACAGAUGAUGAGAAUGAUGAAGUUGAGUAUGAAGCUUGGAAAUUGCGAGAAUUAAAAAGAAUUAAACGUGAUCGUGAAGAAAGAGAACAACUUGAAAAAGAACGACUUGAGGUUGAACGAAUACGUAACAUGACAGAAGAAGAGCGGAGACAAGAAGCGCGCUUAAAUCCAAAAGUCAUUACAAAUAAAGCAGCCAAAGGAAAAUAUAAGUUUCUACAAAAAUAUUAUCAUCGUGGAGCUUUCUACUUAGAUAAAGAGGAUAAUAUAUUCAAGCGAGAUUUCUCUGGUGCAACUUUGGAGGAUCAUUUUGAUAAAACGAUUUUACCCAAAGUUAUGCAAGUGAAAAACUUUGGACGCAGUGGUAGAACUAAAUAUACUCAUCUAGUUGAUCAAGAUACUACUCAAUUUGAUUCACCAUGGAUCUCAGAAACAGCACAAAAUUUAAAAUUCCACAAUAAUCAAGCUGCUGGAAUGAAGCAAGUAUUCGAACGACCAUCAUUAAAAAAAAGAAAAAAUGAAAAUUAAUCAGGAUAUGUUAAGAAUUUUAUAUUAUAUUAGAAUUAGUAACAUAUUGUAAAUUGUUUUAUUCAAACCAAAUUUUUUUUUUAUUAAUUGGGGCUUUUGGAUACCUUAAAUAUGUAACAAUGUAUAAAUACAACUCUUAGUAUAUCUUAUAAUCUUGAUUUAUUUUUUACAUUUCAAGGCUUUUAAAGCAUGUUUCUUAUUUGUACUCAUUCUAACUAUUGUUUCAUUCUAUCUGUUGUUAAAUAAUUCUAACAAAGAUGAAGUAUUAGUUAUUACUAAUAAUACUCAGGAAUUGGCUCUUUUAGAAUAUUUUUGCUAAUUUGACUAUAUUUACUAUGUUAUAUUUGUCUAAAUAAAAGUUAUACAUUA